AUGCUCUCUUGUUUUGUCCCCAUCGUUCAGGUUUUUCAGUUGGUUAUUGCUUCCGUUGCAUCUGCGGUCUUGUUCGCGUUCGCGGGGUUAACCCUCGCCGGCUCAGUCGUGGCAUUAAUCGUAGCCACACCAAUUUUUCUUAUAUUCAGUCCGGUUCUCGUACCAGCAACUAUAGCUACCACUCUCCUAGCCACCAAUGUCUCGGCCGGUGCCCUCUUCGGAGUGACGGCGGUUGCUCUCAUAAUUUGGCUCCUUAAGCAUAGGAUGGGAGUAAAACCGAAGGAUAAUCCACCUCCCCAAGGAGCUCCACCAACCGGAGCAGCAGCUGGAGGAUCAGCUGGAGGGUCAGCAGAUAAACCGCCAGAAAUGCCAGCUGGUGGCUCUGCAGAUAAACCACCCGGAGGACCAACUGACAAACCGGCAGGAGGACCAACAGAUAAACCGGCCGGAGGGCCCACAGACAAACCAGCUGGAGGACCAACAGAUAAACCGAGUGGAGGGCCAGCAGGCAAACCAAUUGGAGGGUCAGCAGAUAAACCAGCCGGAAAGAAAAAGCCACCGAUGUAUCGCUGA